GGCGAGGCAAAUGUGAAGGAACGGAAGCCGAAAGAAUUUGUGAAGCCUGUUGAUAUGGUAAACGAUGGCAAGAAAAAUAAAGUAAAUGGCUUAAAUCGACCUUUAGUGAAACAUCAUGAAGGACAGAAAUGGUAUAGCUAUCAGGUUCAUGUGCGUACCCAAGGAGGAUCUGAAGCGGCUUGGUUGCUUUCGGUGAUAAAAAAGGGUACGGCUAGUGACCGUAUGACUGCUAUGCAGCUUCAGAUGCAUACCUCUCCAGUGCACUCAUUAUGCUAUAUAGAAAUCAUGAUUAGUUCGCUUGAGAAAAAGAAUACCCGAGAGUCGUUGGAAAUCUUGCCUAUCCUGGAGGAGAUCUUCCUCAACCACUUCUUGCCACCAGAUCGGAAACUUAUUCCAUUCAGUGGGCGACCUCUGAAAAGGAUAGGAGAGAUUUGUUCGAACAGCAAAGACGGCAGAAGAAGGUUGCUUGUUCUGUGGCGAUUCGAACAUAAACUGAAACUUGUCUAUGAGAGGUUCUUGCGUGCAGUCGAGGGUUUGGCCUCUUUGGUUGUCGAAGACCUCAGCAAACGAGCUUUACGAACUGCUCUCAACCUUCUUGCUGAACGUCCCGAAGGAGAAAGGUUCCUUUUGAGCAUGUUGGUCAACAAAUUGGGACAUCCAAAGACUCAUAUCGCUGCGUUUGUUGCGACCCUGCUUGAAGAUCUGACAAAACGACAACCCAGGAUGCGUUCGGUUAUCGUUGCAGAAGUGGAGCGAUUGAUUUAUAGGAUAAAUGUCAGCCCUAAGGCUCACAUGUACGCUUCGACGUUUCUCUCCCAGUUUUGCUUCCUUGAUCGUAUUGCCAUUUUACUACUUGAUUCCGCUCUUGCUGUCCAAAUGCUGUCGAUUUACUUUGGCCUAUUCAAAACCCUAGUCUGUCGUAAAGUUCCGGACAACCGACUCCUCGUGAUUCUCCUAUCUGCUGCAAAUCGAGCACUUCCUUUCGCAAAAGCGGAUUCACUUGUGGAAGAUAUCAAUACGUUGUAUAAAGUUGUCCAUACAAGUUCCUAUUCUGUUGCGCUGCAAACGCUCAAGUUGUUAUUCCAAGUGCACCAAAUAAGCGACUCACUGUCAGAUCGAUUUUAUACUGCCCUCUACCGUAAACUGCUAAUAGAAGUUCCCCCGUCGUGCUAUAAUCAAAUGCUACUGCUUGUUUUCAAAGUUCUGAAGGCUGAUCCUUCCGAAAAUCGUGUUCGAACGUUUGUCAAGCGGCUUCUUCAGGCUGCAACAUCUGCAACUCCCUCUUUAGCUGCUGGUAUUCUUAUCUUAAUAUCUCGAUUACUGGAAGCCAGAAAGAAUCUUAUUGUUCUGCAAAAGCAAGUUGACCGAGUAGCACUAGUGGAUGCCAAAUUGAGAACAACUGGCGACGAUGACGAUGAGGAAAGAUAUUUUGAUUUGGGACCGGAUGGAAAGCCUAUCACUGCAGUGAAAAAGGAGGAGUCGCGAAGUUUUUAUUUAAUGCCUUUUCAUGUGGAAGAUGAAAUCCAAAAGAAAGUUGAUGGAGUCAACGGUGUCAAUUUUGUCAGCAAACCGGGUUGGAUACAUAGAAAACAUGGUAGGUCAACGUCACCAUACAAUCAUGGUGUGCGAAAUCCGCUCUUUGUGGACUGUAGCAACCUCGUCGAUAGUGAAUUGUUGCUCCUUUCUAAGCACUACCACCCAUCUGUUGCGAUUUUCGCCAAAGCUUUGAUUCAGGACGGCUGCAUCAAUUACAAAGGAGAUCCCAUUGAAGAUUUUACUUUGUUGAAGUUCCUGGAUCGCUUUGCUUUCAAGAAUCCAAAAGAAAAUCGUUCAGAUUCCUCUACUACCCGCGUGCUCAGAAAGAAACAAUUCGAUCCAUGGGGAGUUAAGAAGUUACCAGUCUCUUCAAAGGAGUACAUAUCGAAGAAGCCUAGUGAACUACCGGCUGACGAACAUUAUCUUCAUCGGUUUGCCUCAUUGAAAUUCCACCCACAAGAGAAGGAAAAGAAAGAGGAGGAUGACUGGGAAAUCGAAAGUGUCGAUUCGGCUGAGUUCGAUGCAAUUAUUGAUAAAUUUGAGCCAGGCGAGGCCAACGAAGAGUUCGACGUGGAUUACACCAAGGAAUUCACAAGUGAAAAGAAGAAACCGCGAGCUGUAAAACGAGCAGCGGAAGAGGAAGAUGGAGAGGAUGAUGAAGUGGACUUUGAGUUAGAUGAUGAUGAAGAAGACGAAGGAGGAGAAGACGAUGAGGAAGAUGACGAAGAUAUGGAGGAUGACGAUGACGAGGUUGAAAUGGAAUCUGAUUCCGAUGAUGCUGAAGCAGGUGGACGCGAAACAAAGAAAAAUAAGGCAGAUUUUGGUGACAGUGAUGACAGCGAUGAUGAGAUGGUUGGAAACGAUGCGAAUGCAGCUGGCGAGAAGUUGAUUUUGGGGCGGAGGUGGUGUGGUAGCAAGCGGCGCACUAUCACGAAUGCAUGGUCUGGAGAUCGAAUCCGGAAUCGACGUUCGCCCGAGCCGACCAAGCUUUUCAACUCGUUGGGGUCGGUUAAUUGGUAG